AAUGCUUUUGCCAUUGAGCACAAAUAUAAGAUCAUGCACUCGAUGCUGAGCUACCUCAAUGCCGAGCACACCUAUUUCCACCAGGGCUAUGAUCUGCUCGUCGACCUGGAUCCCCUGAUUAAGAACAUGUCCGCUCAGCUGGAUCAAAUCGCUGCAGAAUUAGCCGUUGAGCAGAAAGAUAUGGAGCGGAAGCAGAUCUCAGCCCAGCAGCAGGAGAAUGUGGCUGAGCUUGGGAUAGAGUACCUGGGCAGGGCACACCCAGGCAUCGACAUUGAGGGCUACCUCUUCAGACGCGCUUCGAGAUCAUCGAGAACGUGGAGCAGGUCAGUACUGAGGGAGAAUUGA